ACCCUGCACGAAUGCGCUACCAGUGAGAAACCCCAUCUCGACCCCCUACCGCAUUUUGGAUGCACUGUAUGGGUGCGCGUUGACGCAGCCUCAAAGCUCAAUCUGAAGUCGCAUCCAGGCCACUGGGUUGGGUUCGAUGUGCACAGCAACGGCCACCGCAUGUACUGGGCCGACAAGCACAAGGUAUCCGUUGAAUGCAACGCCAAAAGCGGCCAGAACGUGCCUACAGGCACUUCACUCCAACCUCCAUCGACCUCCAUAUCAGCUGCAACCAUCACGUCAUCCAAUGUCAUCCAACCACCUGCAACUGUCCCGAAUGAGUCAACAAAUGUGAACACAGAGCCGCUGCAGCCAGAGAGCAUGGUGACCAAGCCGAAGAGCAUGCCUGAGGCAGGAGCUGGACAUCCUAAACGUGUGUGUCAGCCAUCUCAAUGGAUACGCGACUUACAGUCAGGUACUGGCACCACUGGUGGACGUGGCGCACAGCACGUUCCGAGGAGCAUU